AUGAAAUGCGAGGUCAAAGAUUCCUUCAACAUGCUUUUUAUACGGAGAUUACAGAGCUGCGUCCGGCAGCCAAUACAAAUUCCCUUACGUGUCCCGCGAUUUGCGUCUGCCCAACUCUCUUCCACAUCAGAGCCGAUAGUACCAGGGCAAUCAUUUCUCGAGGCACUUGGUCCGGCUGCAACGACUACAGAGAACCAGGGAAUUCCAACUCAUACACCUUCACCCGAUUUCUCCACUGGCCAUGCAGCUCGUAUAGCAUCUAUUCUCGAAACUGAAACCCCCUCGUCCCCCCUCGUCGAUCUUGUCAAGACAAAACCUGGAGUCCGGAACAGGAACCUCACUCUCCCAGAAGCGUUCAUUAACAACAUUAUGAAAGACGGAAAGAAAGCCCGUGCAAGAAGAACAUUGCUGGACGCGUUGGAAUUGGUACAACGAGAAACUGGUCAGGAUCCCCAAAAGAUCCUGGAAGACGCCGUGAACAAGGUCGCGCCGUUGAUUAAAGUUGUUAGUACAAAGCGAGGGGCAAAGAAUGUCAUGACACCAACACCGCUGAACGAACGGCAGAGGACGCGAUUUGGGAUCCUCUGGAUCGUCGAAGCUGCUAGUGGAAAGAAAUCGAGAGGGACUUUUGGCGAGAGGAUUGGCAAAGAGCUCUUGGCUAUCAUGAACGACGAUAGUGAUGCAUUGCAGAAGAGAAUGAAUGUGCAUAAGCAGGCGCUAGCCAAUAGGAGUAAUGUAGUGAUGGCAGAUAGACGGAUGAGGAGGGCAUUUUAG